UGAUUUCACAGGAGGAACGCAGCUGCUGAUCCACACUCAACCCAGUCGAAGAAAUGAAAAAAGGCCUCAAGUUUUCCGUCAUGCAAUUUUAAAACCAGAUGCAAAACUACUACCAUUGCAUUGUGUGUCCUCAUUUCUAGUGCAGAUGUCAUAACUUCUGCUGGCUGGUGAUUGUGAGUGAUAUGUAAAUUUCACUUGAAUGAUCUCAUUACAUUUUUAAUAUGAUUUGUUUAAAUCUUUUUCAACAAACAAAUACGUGUGUCAAUUAAUCCUUCUUUUUGCCAGGCUAUGAAACCUUUUAUUCCUUUUACAGCCAGUGGGUAAACAUUAAAUUAUUACCUCCAGUGAUAUAAGUGGCAUAUGUAUAGCCUCUAGUCGAAUGAUUGGCCAAGUUGAAUGAUUAACCAAGAGAACAAGGUGGGGUUUAUGUUGAAGUCUGAUGAGCGCACACCAAAGUGUACAACACGCACCACCAACCGGUAUGGGUCAUUGUGUCUUGUUUAGAGCUACACCUGAUUCGCUUGCGGCAGAAGUAAAAGCAAAUCUUUGCUGAUAAUGUAUGUUGGGUUACUUGGCGCAAAACAGGAAAUCAGACAGUAGACAUUAGCCGCGUCACGGACGGUACACAUUGUCCAAAGCUGGGAAGUUUUCACGAGAGAUUUACAGACUUGAAAUUUACCUGUCCUGUGACACAACACUUGAGAAAUGGCAGCGGAGCUUUUUAGGGUGAGAAGUAAGUUUAUUGAGAAGGUUUCCAAAGAAAUGAUCAGCCAGCUCCUGGAUGACCUUUUGGAGGACAGUAUCUUGAAUGAUGGGGAAAGGGAGGCAAUCCUUGAGGAGCACCAGAGUCGGGUAGAAAGGGCACGCGCCCUCAUUGAUCCAGUGAGGAAGAAAGGCGAUGUAGCGAGCAGGAAGAUGAUCGCUCGCCUCCAAGCGAGAGAUCCCACACUUUUCUCUGAACUGGGUUUGUCUGCUGGUCAGCCAGCACAGCCAGCCCAGUUAGCCCAGCCAGCACAGCCAGCCCAGUUAGCCCAACCAGCCCAACCAGCUGCAGAGCCUGGAGAGGAGCAGGGGUGGUCAGAUAAACUCAUACUGACAACUGAGGACUUCUGGAAGCAAAAACAGAAUGAUAAAAGUGUUUACCCUGCAGGCAAAAGUAACAUUAGAAAUCGUGUGGCCCUGCUGAUCACUAAUAUAAAGUUUAAAGAAGAGAAGCGCAACAGAAAAGGAGCUGAGAAAGACGAGGAGAACAUGGAGAAGCUUCUCUCGGCUCUGGGAUAUGAGGUGGUGAGACACACAAACCUCACUGCAAAGGAGAUUGAUGAGGCACUGAUUAAAUUCUCUAAACAUCCUAAACUCAAAGAGACAGACAGUGUUGUGGUGGUCCUAAUGUCUCAUGGGAAACUGGGAGCUGUCCUCGGUGUCGACUCGACAGAAGAGCAACCGGAUGACUUCCCCAUUGACAAAAUUUACAAACACUUGGGCUCAGAGAAAUGUCCAGCGCUGCUGAACAAGCCCAAGGUCAUCAUCAUCCAGGCCUGCAGAGGAGAAUGUCGUGGAUCUGUCAUAGUUGAAGACAGUGCAAAACAGGCUGUGGUCUGUGAUGACGUGAACCAGCCAGGUCCGUCUGAUGACGACAUGGAGGAGGAUACAGUGAGAUGUGUGCACAAAGAAAAAGACUUCGUUUCACUUCUUUCCAGCACUCCUGAUACUGUGUCAUACAGACAAACAGAAAACGGGUCUUUUCUCAUCCAAUACAUUGUUGAAGUGUUCAACACCUACGCACACACUGAUGACAUUGAAGAGCUCUUCAGAAAAGUCAUGCAACGUUUUGAAGAUUUCGCCUCUGGCAACAGGAGACAGAUGGCAACCAAAGACAGAUGCACACUUACAAGACGCUUCUACUUCUUCCCGGGCAUCUGAGACAGACCCAGGGUUAUUUAUCAUCCACUUUAUCAGCCAGCAAUUAUUCUUUCUCUGGGGCCAGCAUCUGGGUCUCUGUAUGAAGCUAAUAUUUUUCGGUGGCAAAGGGAAACUAAUAGCUACAAAGAGAUGAGAUGCGAAUUGAGUUAACCCAUGUCCAACGCAUUAUUAAAAACUGGAAGGAUAGUGGGGAACCAUCGUCUUUGAGGAAGAAGUUGAUCAUGAUUUGCGAUCACUUCAAAUACUUGGUGAAAUCAAACCGAAGAAAAGUGAUGCAAAAUGACCAAAAAGAAAGAAAAGGCCUGCCAAGACAUGUUGUGCCUCUUUCAGCCUCAUUGUUUUGUUACUCAGCAGGUGGCUGUCAAGCAUCGCAUGCAGGUAACUGGUUUAUCCACUUAUGAACUUCACGAUACUAACAAACUCUUUUUUUCCAUUUUUAAUAACAAAGACAUGAAGCGAUGAUCAUUUUGAAGAGCAUAUUGGUACAGACAUAUAUAAACGGACUAGAAUACAACUGUAAAGCUGAAAGAUUUAGUACUGCAACUAAAGUUUUAAUUUUCAUUCAUUUCGUACAUGUUUUUCUGCCCGACAUUAAAAUUUCUUUCGGUCCUUUU